AACAUGCUGUUCUUUUUGAUGCAUGGUCAAGACCAUCAAUUGUGGUGGUGCCACACUUGUGUAUGGGUUCCACAUAAUUACUCACGGACACCGUGGGAGGUGAACAGGGUGCAAAGUCCAGAGCAUAAGUCUUCGGGAGUUGACAGAACCAAGAACUGCACCUCACUGCCAGCCUGUGUGAUAGAUCACAUGAGAGGUCACAUGACAUCACGUGAUCUCUGGUAUACCAUUCUCUCAAACUUUCUUCCAAACCGUCCUUGGGCCUCGCUGGAACUCACCAGCUGGGGAUGAAAGUGUGGGCCAAGUUCGGCGACAUAUGGCACAGUACACAGACCACUAUAAAAAUGGUGUAG